GGUGGUGGGUGGGGAAGUUGUUACGGAGAGAAAGGAAAUAAGGUGGAGGCACUCUGCUGAUCUGCUGUGGCCGGCGUGGGGUGCUUAGGGGGUGGUUAUUAGGGUGGUGGUGGUGGUCGUGGUUUGCGUUUGGCUUGGGAUGCUGUCUGGAUCGCAGGACGAGCUCUGAGUCGCCGAGGGCAAGCGCAGCCAUGCAAGAUGACGUGGGCGAAGGGGAAGAGAUGCAAACCUAUCCCUGGAAACACCUGGAUGCUGCUGCAGAGACGCGAGCCUCGGGCUGCCCUGGCUGCCGAUCCCAGAAGCUGCUGCGAGCCUCCAUCUCCGCCCUCUACCCGGUGGCCGCCGGCCUGGCGGUGGCCGUCGCUGCCCUCGCCUGUAUCGUGCUGCGCAGGGCCGACGGCGCCGCGUCCGUCUUGCAGGCCGCGCGGGACGAGUCCAGGGGCCGGCUGGACGGAGUGGAGCUGAGUCUCGGUCAACUCGGAGCAGGCUGGGACACGGGGGCAGAGAUCUCGGACGUGCGCGCCCAGCUGGGCGGCGUGGCGCACCACCUGCGCCGGUACAAGCUGGCGGCGAGGGAGCGCGCCGAGCAGCGCGACAGCUUGGACCGUCUGGUGAAGCUGAACGCCGAGCUCGCCUCCGCGGUGUCCGGCGCCAGCGCCUCGGUGCGGGCGCUGCACGCCGCCGCGCUCAGCGCCGCCGCCGCCGCCGCCGCCUCCUCGCAAACCGACCCCGACCUCGCAAAAAGGGUGGAGGUGUCGCUGCGCAGGACCGUGCGGGAGGAGCUAGAGCCAGCGGUGGACGAGGAGGCGCGGGGAACGCGCGCCCUGGAGGCGCGGCUGGCGCAGUGGCUGGCCGGCCCGCGCGCCUUCCUCGCCGAGACGCUGGAGCGCGGCGAGCAGCGGGCGACGACGCUGGACUUGGCGUUGCACGCGACGCUGCGGCAAGCGGAGCGCUUCGGCGGGGAGGACGAGGAGCGGCUGCUGCUGCGCGAUGCCAUCGACCAGCUGAGCCGAGACGCCGCGCAGACGUCGGCGAGCGCCAGGGAGCACAUCGCCGAGCUCGAAGCGGCCGUGGCCGAGAUGCUGGAGCUGACGGAGCGCGCGGUCAACGUGUCGGCGGCCGCGAGCGCGCAGGACGAAGCGCUGCAGGACUUGGCAGAGCAGCUACGCUACGCGGAGAAGCAGAUGGAGGUGAAGAUGGAGAGUGUUCACGCGCGCCUGGAGAUCCAGGACUUGGAAGUGCAGAACGUGCGCAUCAGCAUGAACGGCACGGAGCAGCACCUCGCCAGCCUGGCCCUGUACCUGAGCGAGGUGGUGAGCGGCGCUUCCGAAUCGUCGGGCGUGACGUGGGCCGACAUGGCACGCGUCUCCCACGCCGCCACCCUGGUGGGCUUCAACCUGCGGGUGAUGCGGGCGCGGCAGAUUCUGCUGUCCGACCGGCUGCACGCGGAGGCGUCCAAUUUGUCGGCGGCGAUGAGUGAGCUGAGGCUGCUGGACCAGGACAAGGACGUCAUCGCGCACGGCAUCACAGUCACCGUGCAAGGCUUGCCAGGGCCCCAUGGUGAGGUUGGUGACACGGGCCCCUCGGGGGCAUUGGGCCACCAGGGCCAGAAGGGCGACGUCGGAGACCAGGGCGCCGCAGGACGCCCCGGGCAGAGAGGCGUCUUGGGAUUGCCUGGCCAGGAGGGGGUGCAGGGCCUGCCAGGCCCUAGAGGAACCCCCGGCAAAAGGGGGGAGAAGGGGGACACGGCAGUUACCGGCUUCGUGGGGCCCGACGGACCCAAGGGGCUCAAAGGAGAGGAGGGUCUGUUUGGCGAUCCGGGCCAACGCGGCCCGGCCGGCAUUCACGGCCCCGAGGGUCCCCCGGGCUUUGUCGGGCCCCCGGGCCCCGCGGGAGAGAUGGGAAUGCCUGGCCAGAAGGGCGACGUGGGCCCCCCCGGCAUAGUCGGCCCUCUCGGUGCGCCGGGCUGGCCCGGGCCGCCCGGCGACCCGGGACCCUCCGAGCCGGAAUUUGAAGACGCGUCGGAAACUGCCAUGGAUGCGUGGGAUGGCACCGACUCUCCGCCAGGGACGGUUGGCCCCGAUUUGCCGGCAACGGUGGCGGCGGGGGCACGGGCCUACGAUCAGAGUACGUCUGGCGGCGAGGAGGCGUCUGCUCCGACGCCGGAACCGCUCGCGACCCCGCCGGAUCCGCUCGCGACCCCGUCGGAGGAGGCCCCGAUGGUCGGCGAUACGCCAUAGCGGCGUGCAGCGCGUUGGCACGGUGGACCCUCGCGAGCUGCCACCACCACCACCACCCACGGUCCGCAUCGCCGCAUUUUCUCCAUUCGAACGGCGAAUUCGCCCGAUAAUUGGUAAACACGUCCGCCGUGUGACGUAGGGAGUGCCGCUUUGCAUUAAAACGGAGACGUUGCUGUGCGCGUGAAUGCGCGUACUGCACGCGUGUGUACCCAACGUGAGCUGGAGAGCGCGCAUUUAAAUUAAAUUGAGAUAGCUCUCGUGUGCGUGUGUGUGCGUGCGUGCGAGCCGUUUGCUACGAUGUGACGUGUUUUGCCACCGUGGCGCUUGUGUCAUGCUGAGUGCGGUUCGAGGAAGUUACGCGACGUGUCGAAAGCUCCCUGGGACAGGAGGCCACGGAGAGAGACCCAAGUGUUGUGGCUUAACUGCCCGGGAUGACCGACGGCUGGAUGGCACCACCUGUGCUCGCCACUGUUACGCUUCGCACGGGACGCUCGCGUACAUGCGCGCGAGGUCCUAUGUGACGUGGGAUGCGUUGCCAACCGUCUGGCAUUUGCAGCGUGUAACGACUUACUUUCAACACGGCCGAUUGGCAAAUGUGAUAAGGUUUAUAAUAGAGGUUUUUUGGGUUAGAACGCGCAAAUAUAUAAAUGUGUCAUUAAAUCCGCCACCAACCUACACAGCCAAUUACCAAUUCGUUACUAGUACAGCCACACCGGUGUGUUGGAGAGCCAAGCCACAACAUUUACAAUCUGAGUACGACACAUUUAUAUAUUUACGCGAUCGAACCUGUAUUGUGGAUGAUAAUGUUCGCGAAAGCCUCCUGCGUGUUAAAGUGGUAAGGUAUAUCGUGGUGGGUCACCGACAUUGGGAAUCGGAGAAAACCUUCCCCGAGAGGAGGGCAGCACGCAUGCCGAUUGGUCCAUUUGUUCCUGACGUGUCGAGCCAUUUAGAUUUUGUUUGAUCUUUUGGGGACGAAUUCUGUGGUGCACACCCUGUCCUAACACAGGCCGGGCUUAGAAUAAGACAAUGAGUGAUUAUUCGUGCGACCGUGCAGAUAUUUCGUGACCCUAUGUACACACGCGUUUCUAAAUAGCUUAGUUAUUUACAUAUUACAAAAAAUAUAUAUAAGUUAUAUACAUAAAAAUGAUAUACGUGUGUAUAUUUGAGAUAUUAUCCUUCAGAGUGCGGUUCGCGUGCACUUUAUUUGCCGCCACUUUGGCAGCUGCCGCCCCUCUCAAUUUGCUCCCCGCUCGGGAAAUCGGCGUGCGCUUUAUCACGGCUCAUAUCAGUUCCUAGGAUCAAGAUGUACAUGUAUAUAAUAAUAAACACAAUUUAUAAUGCACACAUACUUCGCGCAUCGGAGGCAGUGUUCGAUCGAGAAUUGGAAUGGCGUGGAACCAGAGCUCAAAAUUCUCUCGUACGCUAGGAUGAACAGGCGAGGGCCCGGGCAGGCGAGAGCCCGCGUGGACGAGGGCCCGGGCAGGCCAGGGCCUCGGCAGGCGAAGGCCUUGAGCCGCUGCUUGAAGGUGGACGAUUGGAUGCUGCUGCUGCUGCGUGUGUGUGCAGUGGGUCAGAGUUCAAGAUAGCUGUCGGUGCAGCUACGGUGGAACGCCGCUAAGCCAGGAGGACACUCCUGGUUCUGGGCACGACGAGCGGAUCGUUAUAUCCGCUCUGUAGGACGCGGUGCUUUGCCGCGGCCAGUUGA